UCCUGCUCUUAUAGUAUUACCCUCAAAUCAGGGUUCUCAUCGGCAUUGCUUCGAUCAAAAAAGCUGCUUACUUGCACUAGAUGUUGGAGUAAGUGCCACUUUGUUAAACUCCUUUCUAAUGCCUUGUAUCGUGUGCUUAUAUUCCAUAAGAAAGGCUUUCUAAUAGACAAGUAAAAAUUCUGGAGAUUGGACGGUCCAACGUGCACUGGAAAUGAAAAUGGAAGAUUAGAGAGGCAAGUAGUUAGAUUACCUUUAAGAUUGAAUAAAAGACUUUUGUCUUGUAGUUUAAACAGUAGUUCACGUUUAGCUUUUUGCAUACUAUUUUGGAACAUGUGGUUUUAUAAGAAUAGUGGAGUAUAUAAAUUUGGAUAAUUUGAUUACUUUUCUUUUGUGUAGUUACAUUUUUGUAAUUCUAGUGUUGUCCUUUUAGAGUAAUUUUAUUCGAAUGAAAGAUUAGUUGGUUUAAUGGAAUGGUCCAUACCGAAUCGAGCCAUAUAUGGUUUAAUCCACAUCGAAUUGAAGUAAUAACGAUUCGACUUUGGUCCUUGAUUUAAAAGAAAUUGAUCGAAUCCGAGGAUAGUUUGGUUCGGUCUUGGACCGAAUCGACCGAUGCCCACCCCUAGUCCCAACGCCCAUGUAACACAAGUUGCAUUGGGGGAUAUAUGAGUGUAAUUCUGAGUCAAUUCCGUUCACGGAAAGCUAGAAACCCUAACUCUGGGGGCGCCCGCCGAGUGUAAAGCCAAGACUCGCCGAGAAGGGCAAAAAAAAGAAAGAAAAGAGAGCCAAUGCCACGUGGACACCUAGGCAGAUAACGUCUCCCAAAAACCUCUCGAUGACGUGUACCUUGUAACCGCGGCCUCCAUAUAAAUACCACCAUCUUUCCCUCUCUUCGUUUUUUCGUUCUCAUCCAUUAUCUCUCUCCUUCUUCACUGUCCAUUUCCCUCUUCUUGAAUCGCUAUCGAACGGAUUGGGACCGAUACUUGCUAACCCGGACACUCGCCUCCCUGAUCUCUCGCUCCCUGUCUCCUUCUUCCGGCAAGCAUUUCCCGGAAAAGGCUGGGGGAUCCGGAGAGACCCUCCCGUUGGUCUAGGGUUUUUUCCUCCAGAUUUGAAUCGGCCGUUCCUUUGUUUUUUUACGCGCUCUGAUCGGAAGUUCUGUCUCGGUUCGAAGGAGAUCCCGAUUGUUUCUUCCUGGCUUGGCUCGAGAUCCCGGGCCAAGCACAGAAGAACCGCUUCACCGUUUUCAGAUUCACUUCCUUCUCUCCAGACUCGGGAAGCUGACUGCAGCAGAGGUAUUAGUUUGUAUCUCUCGUUUCUCUCUUUGUUAAUCUGCUACUGUUUUUUGUGUGGUUAUCUUGCGGAGGUUAUCUGUAUUGUUGCUUGCAAUACGAGAGGGAAAAAUGCGAUAGCUGAAGUCUGUUUUAGUAGAUGAGUGUUGUUGCGUAGGUAAGUUUGAGAUUCAGAUAUUGCGAUAUCCGCGUUGCAGUUCCGAUUAUUGAAACUUGAGAGUCACGGUUGUUCAUUUUUAGUUUCUCAUCGGCUGAUGGUUCUGGAACAAGAACUUUUAACUUUUGGAAAUGGUGGAUGCAUCGUUAAGCGUAUUUGUGAUGCUAGCAUUUAAUUGCUCUCUGUUUUUUGUUUUGUUUUCAAUUGCAGAAGGUAUUGUACAGGAUUCAUUGUGUAGAUGGCGUCAAAUGAGGGAUUUCUAACUGAUGAGCAGAGAGAAGUGUUGAAACUUGCCUGUCAGAACGCAGACAAACUGACUUCACCACCUAUAAGCUUGUCGUCGUCACCUAAAUCCCCUUCAGGGUUGCGUCCUGAACACUUUGUGAGAGUUCCUGGUGCUGGCAAAGCAUCCACAGGUGGUGCUGGUGGCAGGCAUGUAAAGCGAUCACACUCUGGCAAGUACGGGAGAGCAAAGAAGGAUGGUGCUGGUGGGAAGGGGACAUGGGGGAAGCUUCUUGAUACAGAGGGUGACAUCCAUAUUGAUCGCAAUGAUCCUAAUUAUGACAGUGGAGAGGAACCCUAUAAGCUCGUUGAGGCUACCCUAUCUGAUCCCUUGGAUGACUACAAGAAAGCUGUUGCUUCCAUAGUAGAAGAGUACUUCAGUACUGGGGAUGUUGAAGUUGCAGCAUCAGACCUCAGAGAACUUGGAGCCAGUCAAUAUCAUCCAUACUUUAUCAAGAGACUCAUCUCCAUGGCCAUGGACAGGCAUGACAAGGAGAAGGAAAUGGCUUCUGUUUUACUGUCCUCACUAUAUGCUGAUGUCAUUACUCCUGCACAAAUCCGGGAUGGUUUUGUCAUACUUCUCGAAUCUACUGAUGACCUUGCUGUAGAUAUAUUGGAUGCAGUAGAUGUCCUUGCUUUAUUUGUAGCACGUGCAGUGGUUGAUGAGAUACUCCCACCUGCAUUUCUCCCCCGAGCAAAGAAAACUAUUCCUGAAGCAUCAAAGGGAUUUCAGGUUCUACUGACAGCUGAAAAGUCCUACCUUUCAGCUCCUCACCAUGCUGAGCUUGUGGAGAGGAGAUGGGGUGGUAGCACUCGCACCACUGUUGAAGAGGUGAAGAAGAAGAUUGCCAAUCUGUUGAGGGAGUAUGUUGAGAGUGGAUAUGCUGUUGAGGCUUGUAGAUCCAUUCGAGAACUAGGGGUUACAUUCUUCCACCAUGAGGUUGUGAAGAGAGCUUUAGUUCUUGCAAUGGAGAUGCAAACUGCUGAACCACUCAUAUCCAAGCUCCUGAAGGAAGCUUCGGAGGAAGGUCUCAUAAGUCCUAGUCAAAUGACCAAAGGCUUUGCUCGAUUGGCAGAGAGCCUCGAUGACCUUGCACUUGACAUUCCAUCUGCUAGACCCCUUUUCCACUCCAUCCUUUCUAAAGCCAUAUCGGAAGGAUGGCUGGAUGCUUCCUUCUCAAACACUUCAGGUGAAGAUGGGCAACCACGAGCCGAGGAUGCAAAGUUGAAGCGCUACAAAGAGGAGGUUGUCACGGUUAUCCAUGAGUACUUCAACUCCGAUGAUAUCCCUGAACUGAUAAGGAGUUUGGUAGAUCUCGGUUUGCCAGAGUACAACCCGAUAUUCUUAAAGCGGCUUAUAACCCUUGCCAUGGACAGGAAAAACAGGGAGAAAGAGAUGGCAUCUGUUUUGCUCUCGGCUCUUCACAUAGAGAUCUUCUCGACAGAAGAUAUAGUUGAUGGCUUUGUGAUGCUAUUGGAAUCUGCAGAAGAUACAGCUCUUGAUAUCCUGGAUGCUUCGAAUGAGCUGGCCUUGUUUCUAGCUAGGGCUGUGAUAGACGAUGUGCUGGCACCUUUGAAUCUAGAGGAGAUAGGAGGCCAGCUGCCACCAAACUGCAGUGGGACCGAGACUGUAAAAAUGGCUCGUUCUCUCAUUACUGCCCGCCACGCUGGCGAGAGGCUCCUGAGGUGCUGGGGAGGCGGGACAGGGUGGGCCGUGGAAGAUGCGAAGGACAAGAUCAUGAAGUUGUUGGAGGAGUAUGAGAGCAGUGGGGGAGUAGGUGAAGCCUGCCAGUGCAUCCGCGACUUGGGAAUGCCAUUCUUCAACCACGAGGUGGUGAAGAAGGCGCUGAUCAUGGCCAUGGAGAAGAAGAACGACAAGAUGCUGGAUCUGCUCCAGGAGUGUUUCAACGAAGGGCUGAUCACCAUUAACCAGAUGACGAAAGGCUUUACCCGCAUCAAGGAAGGACUCGACGAUCUUGCUCUUGACAUACCAAAUGCUGAGGAGAAGUACGCUUUCUACGUCGAGUAUGCCCAGAAGAAGGGUUGGCUUCAGGCAUCCUUCUAGACCUAGAUGGCCUUUACUUGGGAAGCACGCUGGGUUUACAUGGUCCACUAGAUGAAGCUUCAAAGGGGAAUCGAUAGACGGAGUAUGAGAGCUGCGUUAGAUUCCUUUGAGACGAUUGUUCUCCUUACGGUUUCCUUCCCUCUCUUUAUCUUUGCUCCUGGGUUUUGUUGGUGUUUCAGGAAGGGUCAGACGAGGAAAUUGUGUUGCGAUCGAAGCCAAUGUACAAAGUUGGUUCUCGUCUUUACCAAGUAGGCUUUUAACUCUAGGAAUGAGCUGUUGUGCUGUCUGGAUUAUAGCAAUACGAUCUUUCCCCUUUGAUUGUCAAGAACUAUUGUUCCCUCUGUCCUUCAUAUUAUGCUUGUAUAUUCGCGGAUUGCUGUUCUUCAACCAGGUAUGGAUGUCUGUUUUCGGCGAGUUAAAUGUUGUGGAGAUACUGGAACACCGGUUGCAGAUUAGUAGAUGUAGCUGAAAAGCCUUUGGUAAGGGAAAUGUGUAUUUGAUGAAAGGCAGAAAGUGAACGGAUUGCUGAGGAGUAGGAAGAGAACUAAUUGGGAUUGUGUGGACGUAGGUUUGAUAGGCCUAAUGCUGCAAAUGAGCCAAGCUACUCGCGAGCAACUCGAGGCUCAAAUCGGAAAAAACUUGUUCGAAACUCGAUUUGUUUACUGACGAGCCAAGUUUGAGCCUAGCUAUGUUCAGCUCGUGAAGCUCGCGAGCUAGCUCGACUCGGUGGCUUGUUGAGCUCAACUCGUGAGUUGGCUCAUUUAGAGCUCAUGAGAUGUCUCAACAUUGUGGUUUGAGGGCCAACUUGAUCACUGAUUUAUGGACUAAUCGAUCUAAUUUGAACUUUCAUAAUUCAUAGGAUUGUUAAAUUAUAUAUAUAUAUCACAUCAUGUGAAGUUUAACAUGUUGAACAUGUAAGAAAAUAUGCCUUAUUUUUAUUUCUAUAAGAAAUUAUGUACAAAAUUGUUUUGAUACUAUGAAAUAACAUGAUUUGAACUAGUUAAAAUUUAUUAACUAAACAAUAUGACACCUAAAAAUUAUAAUAUAAGAUUAAUUAGUGUUGAACAUUUGAUUAUUUUUUAUCGCUACAUCGAUUACAUGUACCAUACUCGACAUACAAAAUGAAUGUAUUAAAUACGAUCUAAGAAUUUAGUAAAUAAGUCUAGCUCGAGCUCGACUCGACUCGGCUCAUUAAUAAAUGGCUCGGGCUCGAGCUCAGCUUAUUUAUUAACGAGUCAAGCUCAAACUGGAAUAAAACUCGGCUCAGCUCGACUCAUUUGCAACCCUAGAUAUUCGUUGAAUCUGUUAAAUCAGCUUGUUCGUGAUGAUGUACUUUAUCCCACUAUUGAAUAAAAGCGGAAUACAGAU